AUGGAGAACAUCGAGAAGGGCUUGCUGCACCGUGCUUUCUCCGUCUUCCUCUUCGACAACAAGAACCGCCUGCUCCUGCAACAGAGAGCCUCCGAGAAGAUCACCUUCCCCGACAUGUGGACCAACACCUGCUGCUCACACCCCCUUGGUGUCCCUGGCGAGACCGGCUCCACCCUCGAAACCGCAAUCAUGGGUGUCAAGCGCGCCGCUCAGCGCAAACUCGAUCAAGAGCUCGGAAUCAAGGCACACCAAGUCCCCCUGGACAAGUUCCACUUCCUCACCCGCAUCCAUUACGUCGCUCCCAGUGACGGCAAGUGGGGCGAACACGAGAGUAUGUUUUCUGUUGCUGCUCUUGUUCAAAACUCUUCUGACUGA